AUGGAAAGGGGCACAGAGGCCAGUAUCAGGGAGGAGGCAGAAGCUGUGCGUGAGGCUCUGAUUGAGCUGACUGAGUUUGAGGCGAGGGAGAGGUUCCUGAAUGCAUUUCCUCAUAUGAAAAAGGAGAUGGAGGAGGGCAUAGCCAAACUCUAUGCCCUUGCCGAGAAGGUUGACAAGGUGCACAAGGACUGCACCAUCACCAACGUGGUGGCUGGUUCCGGUGGUGCCGUCUCUGGCAUCCUCACCAUCCUUGGUCUGGCUCUGGCACCUGUGACCGCUGGUGGCAGUCUGGUGCUGUCAGCCACUGGGCUGGGGCUGGGAGCAGCAGCUGCUGUGACUGGUGUUUCUGCCAGCAUCGUAGACUUCUCAUACAAAUUGUCUGCAAAAGCUGAAGCCAAGCGCGUGCAGUCGGGCAUGAUGAGCAUAGAGAAGGAGGACAUGCAGGGUGUGGAUGAGGUCAUUCCCAAAGUUGUUUCUGUAACCAAGAAGUUUGUGCAAGCCUCGCAAAACAUUGAGAAGAACAUCCAUGCUAUGAAGGUGGCCAAUUCCAACCCUCGGUUAUUAGCCAAUGCUAAGCGCCUCAUGAGAACUGGGAAAAUCUCAGUCCGACGCAGUAAGCAGGUGCAGAGAAGCUUCAGAGGUACAGUUCUGUCCAUGUCCAAACAUGCCCGGAUCACAGGGGCAGCAACUGCAGGUGUCUUCCUUCUGAUGGAUGUUUACAACCUUGUGCAAGACUCAGUACAUUUGCACACAGGAGCCAAGACUGAGGAAGCUGCACAGCUGCGGCAGCAGGCUCAGGAUCUGGAGAGGAAGUUGGAGGAGCUCAUCCAGAUCCAUGAGAGUCUGCAGCAGGACCUGACUCUGUGACACUGUCCCAAGCAACACAGAACUCAGGGAGAAUUGCAUUUCAAAUACGUGGACAAAGACGGGAAGUGCUGUAGAUGGGAAAAGAGGGUGAGGUCAGGUCUGUGCAACUGAGUGUUAUGGAAUUUGCCCUUCUGUGACUGAGAACACCAAGGGAGGGGCUGAGGCAGAGGAAGUGGACUAAAGAGAACACGUGGCUCUGUGGUCUGACAGAGGGAUGAGAAGCCCUAGAACGUGUGCGAAAUAGGAGGAUUUUUUUUUUUUUUGGUCAAGAGAAUUCUCUGGUGACCUGGA